GUUCGUGAGGGUGAGUUGCAAGUUGAACGGCUUGUUGCAAUCUAUCCGUCAUCUUUCCUACGCGUCAAAUAUUCCCAGCCACCUGUCCCACUCGCCUUUCGACUACCUGCUAGCUUUAGCAAGCCCGGGCGACCCUCUCCAGAUGCAGCUGCAGAUAGCUACGUCGACAGCAUGAAUGGCUCGCAGUCGCGCAACCCGUCGGACUCGGCCAUGCAUGACGCUCGAGGCAGGAAACCCUCGCAAGCUGCACCCAUGUCCAACUCCAACACAAUGACCCGCGCCGAGCGCUUCGAGGAUGAGAAGCGACGUAUGGUCGAGAGCUGCUUCUCAAAGCUCGACCAGAACGGACAGUUGGCCGAAUCGUACAUCACACACAUUCGCAUAAGCGAAGAUGCAGCUCACCCUUCAACUCCUCCGCCGCCGACCUCAGCUCCUGACAACAAGAAGCCUCGUAUCAUCGUCGUAGCCGUCCGUAGUACUGGUCGAGUUCGCAUGCACAAGGCUCGCGAGAACAACAACGGUUCUUUCUCCAUCGGCAAAACUUGGAACCUCGAGGACCUUUCGGCCAUUGAAUCCUUUGCCUAUCCCGAUCCGAACGCGCCUCCACCGAAACAGAACUAUUACCAAUGGGCCGGUAGUGUCGGCUUCAUUGUCACUAUUUCGAAGCCCUACUAUUGGCAGGCGGCCACGUCAAAAGAGAAGGACUUCUUCGUUGCUAGUUUGGUCAAGAUCUACCGAAAGUACACAAAAGGCCAAGUCCCAGAUCUGCGUGGCUUCGAUCCUCGCGAUGUAGAGCAAAUGCUUGGUCUGGCUCCAGGCCAGCAACAAGCGCCACGUAGUUCUCCUGCUGUUCAGGAUCGCAUGACUCCUCAAAACACCCCUCCUCCGCCUCGUCCACCGUUCGCCGAACAACAGCGACCGUCCUCGCAAGAUUCACGACAUCGAUUGAGACCAACACCUGAGAAUGGCGACACUCAACCUGGUGGUUUGCAGCCACAGUCCAGAGCUCCACCGGAGAGAGGAGUGCGACAACGGCCUAGCCGCGAGCAGAUGCAGAAGCCGAGUCGGGAGCCAUUGCGCGCCCCAAGCCGCGAACCUAUGCGUGCUCCUAGUCGUGAACCCAUGCAUCGCGGUCCUGCUCCUCCAGCUCUUAACAAUGGCCCUCCUCCAGGUGCUCGACCUCGCUUAACGCCAAAGUCUUCCAGAGCCGAGUUACAACAACCUCCCGUAUCUGACUCCCCGAAUGCCUCUUUCGCUUCAUCUACAAGAACCAAUCCUAUAGUUUCUGACCAACCUCCACAACUAAGCCAGCCAUCUCAACAACAUCCUGGACAGCUAGCCCCUGUUCGUGCCGAAGGACGUCAACAAAGUUAUCAGAGUGUGCGAAGCGAUCGAAGUAUCCAGAGCCAACGUAGUCAUGAGUCUACCGAGCCAGCAGCUACCGAAGUCAGCAUGUUCACGUCCACGCUCAAUCACUGGAAACCUCCCUCACGCGAACCUUCUCCUAUGAGGCAACCUUCCCCUAGAAAACCACAGCCUCACCCUGCCACUAUCGAUCACGGCGAGCCACGCCCAUCGGUAUUUGACACGCUCAAGAAUCAGCGCCAGCCAGGUGCUGUGAGCCAGCGCGAGCGACAGCCAUCAGUGACCCCAACGGACCAUUUUUCCAAUGAUAUUCAAGUUCCUCCUGAGCGCAAGCGACCUUUCAUGGCAGGAGGCCGAAAAUACAGCGCUGCUCCAAGCGAAAAUGAAUCGGAUUCGGAAGCGCUACGUCCUCCGCCUCUUUCAACUAGCAGAAAUGUGUCUGGAGCUAGCACUAACAUCAGUACUGUCGCAACCGUUGGUCGUCCCUCGAGUCCUCGCGGUUUAGGCAUCGAGAAGCACCUGCCCAUGCCCGGAACUUCUGAUCGCGUCCCGGGUGCUUUCUACGACACUCCUACUGCUUCAAGUGCUGAUCUUGCUUCUCAUCAACUGCCGCCGGAGCCGCAACCUGAGACCAGAAUACCCGAGCCUAUGCAAGCUCCCACUCUCCCAUCUAUAGAGCCAGAUGAAGCGCCUGCUCCGGUGCCUGAAUCUAGAGAAGUUCUCUCCGACGAAGACGAGCACCGUCCUGGACUUGGACCUAUGUUCAAGAAGAAAAAUGGACCGAGGCUCGCAGAUGCCCUCAGAAAAGCGGCAGCAGCUCAGAGUGCAUUCAAACCUCGCGCUGGCGGCGCAGCUGAGCGUAUGAGGGCUAUGGCAGAUCCCGCUAACAAGGGACAAGGACCAGACGGUAUCACUGGUGUCGUUCCUGCUCCUUUGAGAAAGCAGAGUGUGGAUAUCGACAGAUCGGAAUUGCCCGUUUCUCCCAUGAAAUCAGAGUUCCCUUCAUCUGUACCAGAGACCCUUCCUGAAGUAGAGACAAGAAGCCAUGAGCCCGAACCUCUGCCGAAGGUCGCAGAUGUCACAGCGCAAGCUCACAAACCCGUCGAUGGAUCAGCCGUAGAGGGCUACUUCGACCCACCGGAGCCGCAACAACAGGUCGAGGAACCGGAAGUACCUGUGGUCGUGCCAGAACCCAGAAGACCGAAAAGGAGAUCGGCGCAGCAGGAGAACCAUCUUCGAUCUCUCAACAUUGAUCCGAGGUUACUUGACGGGAGAGGCAUUCAAUUCGAGUCCAUUCUUUCCGAUUUUGGUUGGGGAUCUGGUAUCCUGAAAGGAAGACAAUUGGAGGAUUUAGAGGCUGAUCUCAAGCGCGAGCUGGGUCGUGUUGAAGCUGGCAGCUGGUUAGGUCAUCUCGAACAGAAGGACGACCGAGUUGAUGCCGUUGAUCAGAUGCUUGAUCGAGCGAUUGCCGAGUGUGAUGAGCUCGAUGGACUUCUUACCAUCUACUCUGCGGAAUUGAGUACCCUCAACGACGAUAUCUCCUUCAUCGAGGCACAGUCUCAGGGUCUGCAGGUACAGACGGCUAAUCAGAAGAUCCUCCAUACCGAACUGCAAAAAUUGGUCGACACUAUCUCGAUUUCACCACGACAGUUGGAGCCGCUCAGGCAUGGAGAUUUCGGUAAUCCGGAAGCUUUGAUGUCUGUUGAAUCCUCCUUGCUUCUUCUUUACAAGGCUAUGGCUACUAUAGAUCCUUCGGUACGCUCAACGAAUGCUCUGAGUCGAUCCGGUCCUGCAACGGGUCUUGAUACCAGCGACAUCGGCACCAUGAACGCUCUGCAGGAGAAACGGAAUGCAUACAUGCGAGAGAGCGCCGAGUUCUGUCAACGUUUGGUGCGUUACUUGGACAACUCGUUCGCCUCGGCACUCAGUGCUGCUAAGCCUGCACUUCUGCAGCAUCCUGGUGGUAUUGGCAAUGCCACAAUGAAGCUUAAUGGCUCAGGGUUUAAUUUGGCUCGUGCCAAUCUCUGGCAAUUCAGCCCACUGCUUCUUUUCACGAAAGAGACCAACAUGUCUGCAUGGCAAAACAUACUCCGAAUAUACCAAACCAAGGCUCGCCCAUUGUACAACGAUGUCUUCCGAGACAAUACCAAUAAUUGGAAGAAGGGAGCUCGUACAGCCACUGGCGAAGCCACUGAGCUACUCUUUACUUCCGUUGAGAAGGAGACCUCUGAAGGUCUUACCAGCACUGCUCGCAAGCUGACAGUCAAGCGAUCUCAGACUCUUGCCAAGUCCUUCCGUUCUGGUGGUGGCAGUGGAGGAGACAAGCCCACAGCCGUUGAUAGAGCCCAACCUGGCCGUAUGGCACCAUUUGAGGUCUUCAAUGGGGUCCUCGAAGAACAGGUGCCAUUGAUCUCUAUGGAACAAAACUUUAUUGUGGACCUCUUCCACGCCACUAGUCUCGAGAACAUCGAUUUUGCAGACGCAGUCGCGGCUAAUGUCCCCGAAGCUCGCAUGGGUCCUGAUCUCACUGGUAGACGAUUGAUGGAGCCUGAUCGUGCUAUGGCAAGACGUGUGUCCGACACCAUGGAAGAAACCUUCGGCUUCUGGAAGGAUGAAUUGAGAACGCUUAUGGAGUGGGCGAAUGCCGGCGAUCCUAUCCAGGGCGUUGGUGUUCUCACUGUUCUAGCCAUACAUGCAUACCGUCUGCAGGAAACCUCCCAAGAGUUCUUGCUUCAUAAUCUCAACGAAAUUUCUUCACGCUUGCAGACACUCUUCCAGAAGUUUGUCGAUGAGCAGAUUCAUGCCAUCGAGGACACAAAGGUCAAGAUCAAGAAGCGCAAGGGUGUCAUUGCUUUCAUGAAGAUCUUCCCUCUAUUCUCAAAUGCCGUCGAAAGCACAUAUCUGUCGGCAGCUCGAGAGUACGACGGCUACGGAGCAGUACUUGGUGCGCGUCAAUUGAUUGAUGAUGCAUACAUUCGUAUCAACCGAGCCAUGUGGGAUUCACUGAAGGUCAUUGCGAGAGAGUCGCCCACUGCCGCUGGUGCUGCUACCUCUGCCACAACGGCACACGGUCUGGAAUAUGAAGACAAGGAGAUCUUGAACUACCACAUCCUCCUGAUCGAGAAUAUGAACCAUUAUAUCGAAGAAGUAGAUGAUGGCGGCAAGGAAGGCUCUGUACUCGCCGAGUGGAAAGCAAAGGCCUUGAUGGAUCGCGCUGAACACAUGGAAGAAUAUGUCGGUCGCGUGGUUCGCAGGCCACUCGGCAAGAUUAGCGACUUCGUCGAAGGCGCAGAAGCUCUCCUCAAUCAAAACAUGACGGGCCCAAGCAUCGCCGCUCGCCCCCUCUAUUCCCGCCACAACACCAAGAAGCUCCUCGCCUCCCACGACGGCAAGAGCAUCCGCAGCGGCAUCGACACUCUCCGCAAGCGUAUCGAAAAGCACUUUGGCGACGCGGAUGAAGAGCAGUUAUCACGUCAAAUGGUCACUAUGGUUUGCAAAGAAUGCGAACGCAGAUAUGACAAUGUGUUGGAUCGGCUGACAAAGGCUUGCAAUAUUUUGUACAAGGAAGACGAAAAGGGUGUCACCAUCGAUUGGAGCAAGGAAGAUACAAAAGAAGGAUUCAAGAGGAUUUGAGUUUGAGAAACGAAAAAUGACAGCUAUGAAUCUUUUUGCAUAGGGAGGAUUUUGUUCUUUCGUUUUCAUGCAUGGAUGCAAUGCAAUGCAAAUGCUACCUUUUUGUUAUUCUUUGCGGCGAAUGUUUUGUUCUUGUAUACCUGAAGGAAAUGGAUGUAUUUGUGGUCGACGCCAUCAUUGGGGAUCACAAUCUUCUCCCGAAAUCUCGUUUUAUGUCGAUUCUGAUCUAUCCUUCUAGCUUCCAUGCUCAUCCUCGACUGCAGUGAGAUAGAAAGCCUUGACUAGACAAACUUGGUGGUUCC